UGGUAUUGGGGGGAGUGGCAUCUGAAGCUUCAUCAUCAUACUUCCGUGGCUAACAAGAUGUAACUAUAGGUAGGGCUUGUGACUAUACCGUCGUUGGCCAUCUGGUUGUCGGUCUCUCAUCCUUUCUACUCGCAAUAACGAUGGCCGGUAACCAAUGGCUAUGGAGCGAUGGCAGAACUAUCGCCACAUAGGCUGCCUUCAGCGUUGUCAUUAUUGCCUAUGCAAUCCAGCAGACCUUUUGUAUCUUCAAUACCCCCUCCCAGCGCCUCUUCCCUAUCCAACUACUCUGUCAACGAACACCAGUCCUGCUAUUCAUCGCGACUACGUCAUUCUCGUUUUUUACGCUAUCGCUGCCGUCUUUACUAUUGCUGGCAGUGGUUUAUUGGUUGUUAAUCUUAACCCCAGUUCGCCAGCGUUCUUAAUCUAUGGUUUAUCCGUCUUGGUAGCUGUCGGAGCAGGUUUAUCCAUGACCAUUGCCUACCCCCUCGUAUCAUUCACCUUAGAGCCUCAAGAUGUCGGCCCCGGAAACGCCUUUCUCAAUAUUGCUCAGAUAGGUGGCCAAGUGCUUACACUUGGAUAUCUGGGUAGAUCUACCAGUCCACGGGAAAUCGUAACCUCUCUGCUUUAUUAGCAGGGCAAGGCUACUUUGCAUCGGAGAUCAAUGGGGCAUUGGCCGGGGCAACUGGUUAGCCAGGCUUCCUCUCUAAGGCGAAAAUGUCGUUACUCGUCGCUAAGGGCUCCACGAUCUGGUCUUAGGGUAAUGAAGUCGGGGUUGAAAUUGAUGGCUGGCUUUGAUUGAUUUCUUUAAAAAAAAAAAGAACAGAAUGUAUUAUCCUAUCGUCCGCUGUCGCUACAUAGAUACGCGGUGCAGCUGCAUUUUAUCCGUUUGACAUGGAUACUGCGACCGUCUUGACCAUUUCUGACUGUUAUCUUUCCGUUUCGCUCCCACACUUCGCGCCACACUCAUCGCCUUGUAUAGGUAUUAAUAGUAAAGCUGAUUUGAAGGUCCCUGUCUUUUCCGGAUGCCAGAACUUCCAGUCCUUGAGGCCUCCAUACCAACACUUCAACC